AUGCAGUUAUGUUGUUCGAUAAAAUUAUUGGAAUGGGAUUUCGACCAUGUAUCUGGAAAAGCAGAGGUGGCUCUUCGUUUGCAUAAAGAGGCUGGGAAAUGGAAUGGAAGGCCUGAUUUAAGAUUUAAGCCUAAUUUAAUAUGUUAUGCCACACUUAUUCAUGGCCUUUGUAAAGAGGGAUUGUUGGACAAGGGUUUUGGAGUUGGCCACUCAGGACAACAAGAAGAACAGAAUUAUCCCAAGGCAUGUGUUAUUGGCUUAUUGUUGCCAAAGAAGACUGGUGCAGACAAAGAACCAAAAUCACCCUUAAAGGCUACCAAUUCCCUUAAGAAGGUUGCUACUUAG